UGUAAUUAUUGCUUUAUCAUAUUCGCGUGAUUAAGUUAAGUUAAUCUACCAAACUAUAACUAGAUAACUCUUUUAAUAGAGUGAAUUUUAUAUAACUAAGCCGUGUCACACUAACUAACUAGUUAGAUUGAGGCCGGACCAGGUGCUAAUAUCGAAUCCGCCCCGCUCAGCCUUGGAUCGGCAGUCCGAAGAAAGUACUUAACCCGGGCUCUUCACUCUCUCAACGUUGUCACUCCAUCAACGAUCACUCCAUCAACGACCUCGAAAGACAAACAAGAAGGAAAUAUGGGCUUAAAUAGUACCAGCAAACGUUUUGUCUGCAAGUUCAAAUCCCUGAGUCUUUAUCGCCGAAAAGAAUCGCCCAGUCCCCAUACUCUGUUAUGUGACCUGCCACUAGAACUAGUCAAACUAGUGGCCUCCUCGUUGCAGCCAGCUGAUUUGGGGGCUUUGCGAAUGACAUGCAAAGUCCUCUAUGGAAAAGCAUCCUCUGUGUUUUGGAGUGCCUCUUUGCAAAGUAUCAAGACUGAUCUAUCCCGUGCCAAUCUGGGAGAGCUAGAGACGAUCUCAAGGGACGCUCAACUAUGGCAUUAUGUGAAACAUAUGGUUUUUACAGGUUUCGAUGAGUGCCUCGAAAAUCUUGGAGAAGGAUACAAAUGGGGUUCACAUCGCCAUCAGUCUGGCCAUCUCGUCAAUCUCCAGGAACAUCCUGCUGUGAAACGACUGGGUGAAAUCCUCUGCCAACUGGUCAACUGCAAGUCAUUCGAGAUACAUGCUGUUAUCACCAAGGUUAGAGAUCAGUCAGAUAAUGACAAUUUCAGACCAACAGACUCAAUCACAGCACUCCUGGACAUUGUUGCAAGGACCCAUCAUCCUGUCACUGCACUUAUAGUCAAUUUCAUGGAUGAAUCUAACUAUGCUCCAGACCCUCAGCGACUGCGAGUUUCAGACAAGGACCAAUUCAUUGCAAUCGGGCAGCACCUUGAAGAGUUGAAGCUGAUAUAUGAACUUGAUGAUGGCAUUGUUCGUGAUUGGACAUUCAAUAUGCUCCUUCACACCCCCAAUCUUCGCAUGCUGCAUCUCAAGGGCCUAGGUCUGAGUGGCGGCACAGAACUUAUCCAUCGUCUUGCAUCAGCAGGUCCCCCAUGGUCACAAUUACAGGAACUUCAUUUAAAAUGUAUCCCAGCGUCAAUUGAGGACCUAAUGGUUCUACUCCAGAGAUGCCGACAUAGCCUCCGGGUUUUCAAAAUAGAUAUUAUGCGAAUGUAUGCAAAUGUUGAGGACAUAAAACAAAUGUUGAGGACUCUCAGCAUCAGCUUUCCGGCAUUAGAGUCAGUCUCAUUUAAUAGUUUUACGCUUGGUGUGGUCCGGAGGGAUUAUUUCAUCCACUUCCCUGUGGUUACUGAGAAUCCUUUUGUCGAUGAAUCGCAGGGCACAAAGUUUGAGUUCGCAACCAAUAAUACACGUGGGUGGCCGAGGGUUUUUCGUGUGGCUUACUCAGGCCCAAAGAUGGAUGUUGCUUUGGAUAUUCUCGCGAGGACAGUGGAUGGUGCUCCUGCUAGCAUAUCAUAGUAUAGAAGAAAGAGAUAAUGAAAGGACAGCGAGAACAAAUAUCACCACCAACGAAUCGCGGC